AUCAAUUUUAUAGUUUCUUCCCAAUCAAUUUGACCAUAAGUCCUCGAAUUUGAAGUUGAAAUCCCAUCCAGAAUCUGAAAGAUCUCACACACUUUUCCAUUCAAUUAACAGUCGCCGACAAAGAUAAGAAGAAAUAAUCGCAAAAGUUUGCCUAUAAGCAUGUCAGAAGCCAUCAUCUUAGGGGUGAUAGGGGAACUGGAGAGCUUUCUGAUUGAGUUGCCGAAGACCGAUGACUUUAUUUAUUACUAUCCUGAAACACUAGAAGCCCUAAAAGAGGUAAUAAAAGAGCUCAGAAUGAUGUCGGACUUCUUUAGAGACAAUAAAUCUGAAGAGAUGAGCAGGCUAAAAAAUUUGCUAGCUGACUUUGCUGAGAUGGCUCAAGUUUCAGCAAAACACAAAUCGCGACAGAGCCUAGAUGCGCUUAGGAUGAUAAAAAAGCGCAUGAUGGAGUUUGGAGUUGGUAACGCGGUGAGUAGUUCAGAAAGUGCUGGAGAAGAAGGCGACGAAGGUAUCGUGGUGGGCUUGGAGAAAGACGUGCAACAGCUUGUGUUUAAAGUGAUUCUUAGUGAAGAAGAGUGGCUUCUUAAUAAACCUGUUCUUAUCAAAGGUAUGGUUGGUAUGGGAAAGACAACUCUUGCGAGACAAGUAUACAAGCAUGCGGCCGUCAUUGAAAAUUUCAAGCGCUGCUGCGCAUGGGUAAGCCUUUCUAGUUUUACAAGUAGACAUGAGGUUAGUAUAUAA